AGCUGCAGGCAGCCUGGAUCCCAGGCAGCAGGGAGUAACAGAGACCAGACAAGACACGCACAGCCUCUCCAGCGCCAGCAGCACUGUAGAUGGGGAGCAGCCAAGAGGCGUGAAAGAAGCCCGGAGCUGGGGCACCGUGCACGGGUGCAUUUUGAAUUCACCCCCUCCAACAAAGAGACAUGAUCCUUAACUCUUCUAUUGAAGAUGGAAUUAAAAGAAUCCAAGAUGACUGCCCCAAGGCUGGCAGGCACAAUUACAUAUUUGUCAUGAUCCCUACUCUCUACAGCAUCAUCUUUGUGGUGGGAAUAUUUGGAAACAGUUUGGUGGUAAUUGUCAUUUACUUUUACAUGAAGCUAAAGACUGUGGCCAGUGUUUUCCUUCUGAAUCUUGCCCUGGCUGAUUUAUGCUUUUUGUUGACUUUGCCUCUGUGGGCAGUUUAUACCGCUAUGGAAUACCAGUGGCCCUUCGGCAAUCACCUAUGUAAGAUCGCUUCGGCCAGCGUCAGUUUCAACCUCUACGCCAGUGUGUUCCUGCUCACGUGUCUCAGCAUCGAUCGCUACCUAGCCAUUGUCCACCCAAUGAAGUCUCGCCUCCGACGCACAAUGCUGGUCGCCAAAGUCACCUGCAUCAUCAUCUGGCUGAUGGCUGGCUUGGCUAGUUUGCCGGCCGUCAUCCACCGAAAUGUGUAUUUCAUCGAGAACACCAAUAUCACAGUUUGUGCUUUUCAUUAUGAAUCUCAGAACUCAACACUCCCCAUUGGACUGGGUCUGACCAAGAACAUUCUGGGCUUCGUGUUCCCUUUCGUUAUUAUUCUCACCAGCUAUACUCUGAUUUGGAAAGCCCUAAAGAAGGCUUACAAAAUUCAGAAGAAUACGCCAAGGAAUGAUGACAUCUUUAGGAUAAUCAUGGCGAUUGUGCUUUUCUUCUUCUUUUCCUGGGUUCCCCACCAAAUAUUCAGUUUUCUGGAUGUGCUCAUUCAGCUGGGCGUCAUCCAUGACUGUGAAAUUGCGGACGUAGUGGACACUGCUAUGCCCAUCACCAUCUGCAUAGCUUAUUUUAACAAUUGCCUGAACCCUCUGUUUUAUGGCUUUCUGGGGAAAAAAUUUAAAAGAUAUUUCCUCCAGCUUCUGAAAUAUAUUCCCCCAAAGGCCAGGUCGCAUGCAGGGUUAUCAACAAAAAUGAGUACUCUUUCCUACCGCCCUUCAGAUAACAUGAGCUCGUCUGCCAGGAAGUCUGCGUAUUGUUUUGAAGUGGAGUGAGAGGGUUCAAAGCCUGCUAGUGACAUGAUCCCCUGACAGUAGAAGCCAGAGCAGCAUUUAGCUAGACAGUUCACUCACUAUUAAAGGAAUGGUCAACUUCCAGCCUUUUCAGGCUUGAAGCAGAGAAAGGACUCUGGACUGUACAUGGUUUAUAAAGUGCUAAACAAAACUAUUUUCCCCAGAGCAAAGCUACUGUUCACCACCUUUUUGUUGUUGUUGUUGUUGUUGUUGUUGUUUUGUUGUUUUGUUGUUGACUGAAUAACUGAUUUAAGAACAGUGUCACAAACUGAGUGACUAUUGAUUUGGGGGAGGGGGAAAUGUACUGGCAGAAAUACCAUGUCUUCAAUGCCCUCUCAAUUCUUUUAUUUUGAUUUCCACAUGAACAUAAUUAGUCGGUAUUAACUCUGUUGACAAGCAAAAAGAAGAUGAGAAGUCAAGAGUUUCCAAGGGACAAGGAAGCAACACAUCAGUUUAUCUACUAGUGGCUAUGAUACCCUUGUCCCCAACACUACACAUUGUGUGUUAAGAUUUGCUAGGCAAUAGUCAUCAACUUUCAAAACUUUUUGUGAAGUUCAGCCAGUGUCUUAAGAAUUCGAAACAGUGUACCACAAACAAUGUGGACAGAACAGCUUACCUGUAGCAUGCAUUACCUCAGUCAUAAAGUCAAACUGCUGUGAUUCUCUCCCAGGUAACUGUGUCUUCAUAGUUGGACCAGUUUUAUUUCAUAUCUAAGAAAUGUAGUCUUUGCUAAGCAGAUUUAUCAUAAAGUAUGUUUUAUGGUUCUAAAAAUAUAUGUAUUAUAUGUGUAUAUGUGUAGCUAUAUCUCUAAGCUAAUGUUUUAUUAAAGUCUAGCAAAGUUAUAUUUAUCUUGAAAUAAAAAUUUAUCAU